UCGCUUAUUGAGUGUCGAAGAUUUUUUCACCCAAAAUCAUAACAAUUCCAAAUUCUGUGCUGAAAAUUUUUCCGAAAACAUGCAAAAUUAUGUAUAAAUACUAUUAGUUAAUAUGUACAUAUAUAACGCCAUUUGGAAUAUGUAGUUGACUUAGGUAGAGUGGUACAUAAAAUAAAACAUAAAAUUGAAUGCUCUAAAAUAUAUAAAAAUAACAAGAAACCAAGUGCUUGCGAAAGUCCAGCCGCAACGACAGACAAUGGAGAAAAUUUGUUGACGUGUGUUGUUGUUGUUUUUGCAUUGUUUUUUUAUUUAAUUGUUUAAUUUUGGGAUUUAGCGAUUUAACGAUUUAACGAUUUUCUUGUGUUUUAUAUAGAAAUUAAUUAGAAAUUUCGGUUGUGAAGUAAACUUAUAAUUGUGAUAACUGUUGUACUGUUGUACUGUUGAAGUUAACUUUUCGUAUUUAUAAAAAUAAAAACAAAAUUGAUAAACGCAAAGGCAAAAUGUACUCCGAGUGGGUUUCCCUCUCGGCACAAAUUACGGCGAACAGCUGUGGUGCGCAAUGCUACAGCGUCUUGAAUAAGUUUCCCGCAUCUGCUGGUCGUGAAGUGGCAGUGUCUGUGGUUAGACAACUGGCAAAUAAUUUAGGCAUAACACAAAAUGCGGAGCCAAGCCAUUUGGUUAAGGAUGAGGAGGUUAAUUGGUGCAUGGAUGUCAUAUGUUUUGGUCUAUCAUUACCAUUGCAAGAGCAUGAAACAAUAAAGGAUUGCGUUAAUGUUUAUUGCGAAUGGUUAACCGCAUUGCACCCGCAACCACGUAUAAGUGUGCCAAAGCCAAUUUGUGAAGAUGCGAACAUGUACUGCCGUAAAAUCAUAAGUCAUUUCCAUAAUUUAUUCGUGCCCAGACAAGGCGAAAUCUUGCCAUUUUUAUAUCAAACAUCGCUUGGUGCUGAUACUAUUAAUCGACAGGCUGUGCUAUGUCACCGGGUCUUGCGUACGCUACAGCAGACCGCGCAAAUUUCGCAGACUAUGGAUCGUAAUACUUGGGAAGCAUUGCUUUUGUUUUUGUUAGCGAUCAAUGAAAUACUGCUUGCACCGCCAACUAUCAAAGAUGAUGUUGGCGAUCAAUUAUGUGAACGUGUUCUCUCCGUGCUCUUUGAAGUCUGGUUAUUAGCUUGCGUACGUUGCUAUCCAUCACCUUCACUGUGGAAAACUCUACAAGAAUCUUGUGCUUUAUGGCGUCAUCGUAUUGCGCUGAUCGAUCAAUGGAAUAGGGUGAAUUUAGCAUUAACCGCCCGAUUAUUAGAAUUCACAUAUGGAGCUGCAUUUCCUGAAUUGAAAAUUUCUGAUGAGGAUGCACAGCUAAUACCAGCAGGCAUGUCAAAUGAUUGUGUUGCACAAACCUGGUAUCGGUUUUUGCGAACCAUCGGUAAUCCUACAGCACUAUGCUCACCACAUAUUAUAAGCAAGUCGUCACAUUUUGUGCAAUGGGCUCUGACGCAUGACAAAGGGGCCGAAACUUAUCAACAUCCUUGUCUGCAGGCAUUGCCACAAAUAUUUUUAAAAGCUAUCAAAGGCAUAUCUAGCCAAGUUGAUGCAUUUCUUGGCAUAUAUCAACCACCUCCACAUCAACCAGAGGAUGUACUCACGAAUUUGCUCGACAUACGUUUGUCGCUUAAUGAAGCUACAACAUCCUCAUCGUCUCAUCAUUUCUUUCAUUAUGGCAGCAUAAGUGCUUUAAAUUUUUCUUUAAAUAACUCCAACAAUGGUGUUAGUAUGAACAGUACAACAGCAGUGACAUCUGCACAGCAACAACAUCAUCAUCAUUAUCAUCCACACUUACAUUUACAUGGUGCUGGUCACUUUUUACGAGACAAUUUCAUAAGUGGCUCAGCAAGUUCAGCAUUUAAUGCAUUAAUGGGGCAUCAUCACCACCAUCAUCACCACCAGCAACAACUACAACAGAAUCAUGGGAAUGCCUCUACUCCAUCGAAUAUCGGUGGUAGUAGUGCAGCUGGUGGUAGUCACCAUUCAACUAGUACGGCCGUUGGUAGCACAAGCAGUAGUGGCAGUCAAUCUGCUGGAGUAGUUGGUUCUAUUUCAUUUGGUACGCCGCUUAAUACAAACGCAAACAGCUCCAGCGGAAGUGUUACGUCAGUGGGGGAUGGUCAGACGCAAUCACAAUUGUCCACAUAUUCACCAACACCGCCACUUCAGCGUCGCUUGGCAAAAAGUUUCAGUGUGGCACCGACAGUGACACAACAGAAGGGCUUAAGUAAAGCUGCACUAAUUGGUUUGACCAGUUCGCGCUCUUCAACAACUCAGGCGCCCCUUACUCCGCCAUCUGGACCACCUUCCUCAAGCAGUUUGACUUCUUUACAUUCUUUGGGUAUGGAACAACGUCCUCAUUUGGCUGCAGCACGUCCAAAAUGUAAUAGUAUUCUACAUUUAUUUGGUGAAUGGCUCUUUGAAGCAGCACAUAUCGGUGGUGAUGCUUGGCUCGUGAAUACCAAAAAACAAGCGACGGAAGCCAGUAAGCGACCGUCUUCGAUGAUUAUGGAAAAUCGAAAAGGCAGUAUAUCGCUUUCGCAGCCAAACUCUUUAAAUGAUCCGAGCAGCCUACCGCCAACUUUGACAAUUGAUAAAUACGAAUCCGGACGCGCUGAGGCUAUUGGUACAUUAUGCAAAAUAUUCUGUGCCAAAAAAACUGGUGAAGAAAUACUGCCCGUAUAUUUGGCUCGUUUUUACAUGGCUUUGCAGCAAUGCCUUAAAAUUACUGAGACGAAAGAAUGUGACGAAUCGUUGGCGAAUAUUUUACUCAAUUCAUCAGAUCUAUUCCGUUUGGACUUAGAUGGCAUACAAGUGCUUCUAUUGAGUUUUAUAGCAUCAUUGGAAAUUGUGUUACCAGAUAAAGAUUUGAAAAUCAAAACGCAGGCGAUGCACUUUAAUAAAACCGAGCUGAGGCGUGCUUCAAUUAAUAUUUUAUUAUCUAUUUUGGUGCUGCCAUUACAUUUUCAGACAUUGUCAAUUAGAGAUAUAAGCAAUACGGCAACCGAAAGGUUCAUUACUUUUAUACAGCUAAAGCCACGCCUAAUCAAUAUUUUAAUGAACGCCUUGCAAGUGGAAACUGAUGCACAAAAUACGCACAUGCUUCUCGGUGGUUUGCUAUUGGCUGUACAGGAUUCUGUCACAUUUGAAGAAACCGAAUUGGGCGGCAAUGAGCAUUUACGUACAAAUUCAGCUUCGCCGCAUGGAGAAGCACAUCUACUUAGUUCAGCUUGCUCAGAGCGUUCCGAAUCAUUAGCCAGUGUGAGCAAUUCAAGCCUAGGCGGUCAUAGUAGUGCAACAAUUGGCGCUGGAGGCGUUGGGGCAAGCGGCACCAUAGCUGGCACAGUUGCGCCUGCUGCUGGUAGUGCCGGUAUCGCAUUGCCUGCCGGCGCUUCCCCAAAUGCAGCCGCAGCUAUUGGACGUGAUAAUUCGUCACAGCACGAUUAUCCUAGCUUAACUAUAUCCGAUGAGUUCCCAAUGGAAUUGCUACAUGAGUUCGAAAGUGCUUCAGUUUAUGAUAAUGCACACGCCUUAUUUGUGCGCGCAACGUAUUUGGUUUGUCAUCGUCUGAUAUCAUCUUGGAAAACAGAUUUGAAUGUCUCUUUGGCGGCUCUGGAAUUACUUUCUGGUCUCGCAAGGUUACUUAUACGGGAUUCAGACGCUUUAGAGUGCAAACGGGCGGUAAAGUGGAUCUGCGAUUACAUAUGCUAUCAGUGCUCACGACCACCGCCAGCACACAGCAAGGAUCUGCACAGCACGAUUGUGGCGGCAUUUCAAUGUACGUCGGCUUGGUUGAUGCAGCAUCCGUAUUUACUGCAGGACAAAGAUUGUCUGCAAACUGUGCUGGAAGUAGUCGAAUUGGGCAUCUCGGGCACGAAGAGCGUGAGUAAAACUGGCGAUAUGCCUAAAUUUAAGGAUGAAAAGGAGCUAAAACCUGCUUCGAUGCGAGUACGUGAUGCUGCUGAAAAUCUAUUGACCAUCAUUUUAGAGCAAGUGGGCUAUUUUCCCAGCGAAUGUGGUCCUGAAUCGAUAUCAUCACUUUUAGAUGAGGUGGCGCUUAUGAAACAUUGUAAUUCAUUAUCAAAUAUAGAUGCUGCUACCACAACAAUUGAACAAACUUUAUCCAAGUUCAAGUAUUUUGUUACGGAAAACUCAACAAUUUUAGCCCUAUUGGAAGAACCACUCGGUAAUGAUCAGGAUCCACAACCAACUGUUACAAUGCUCAUACGUGGCCCAUUUGGACGUCAUGCUUGGACAAUGCAAUUGCGUCACUUGCCACGAAGUAAAUCAGGCACUAAAUAUCACGCUGUGAAUCCAGGUCGUCCUAUUCCUAUGAACGAUAUGCCACAACGUAUAGAAUUUGAUCAAAAAUUCUUUCCCGAAGGUGUAGAUAAAGUUACACCAUGUGUCGCAGAUUACUCCAUACCAACAUUGGAACAGAUACGUGAACUUUACGGUGCUACUCAAAUACGUCAACUUGAAACUAUGCUUGAAAAUCAAACAAUUAACGAGAAGCUCGCUUGGGCAGAAACAGACAAUAGUGCGGAUAGUUUGUCACACGCACAAGAAUGUGUACCACCUGGAGUGUGCCAAGAGUUUCAGGCUGCACGUUUGUUUUUAUCACAUUUUGGUUUUCUAACAUUUGAAGAGCGCAACCCUAACAGUCCAGCAGAGUUAUUGGGAACACCCACGCAACGACCUCUUAUCGUACUGGACACUAAGCGCAGCAGUUUCGCUGAAAAUCUUCGAAUACUUGAUAAAUUGAGUGCUCGUACUCAUGACACUGUACACAUAUUCUAUGUGAAGGCGGGUCAAAGUACAGCACAGGCAAUUAUAGCAAAUAUGUACGAUGAAAAUCUGCGUACGUUAGAUCCACAUUUUGGAAAUAUGCUGCUAACAUUAGGUUGGCCUGUUGAAGUUGAAGAACAUUCUGGUUGGACAGGAUUCGUUAAUAAUUCAUGGUCUUUGAAAGGUAGUACGCAGAAAGAGAAUGAUAGAGUGCUUAAAAACACUGCACCAAUGAACAGUAAUGAUUAUAAAUUUAAUGGUGAGACGCGUGUACUAUACUGGGCAGACGUGUCUUCAGAAAUAGCGUUUGUGGUACCUACGGAAUGGAAUUUACGCAAUGAAACAGAUGGUAGUUGCUUGUCGCUUUGUUCUUCAAACUCUUCAGCUGAUAGCAUGCAAAACACCAGUAAUGGUACGGGCAAUGUUUGGGUACGGAAUACAGAUGCUACUGCAGUUACUGAGAAUAGUAAAACUUAUUUAUACAUUAUCACUUCCAAUUGGGGUCUAAUUUUGGUUAGAUCUAAUGAAGUUGCUAAUGAAAUUAAUAUUUCUGUCAUUCUGUCAUUUAUAGAUGAUUUACUGCCGUAUACCCGCACUGGAGAAGAAUCUCAAUUAUUACAACCACCACGUGCCGCUGAUUGUCACGUGAUAUUUUUACAUGCUCUACAAUCGGGUCUGUUGCGCGUCAAACUACAAGGUCCGGCAGGACGUAUGAGUUUUGCUACACCAUUAGUUGAUGGCAUGGUACUGAGUCGACGUGUUGUUGGAACCUUGGUGCGUCAAACUGCACACAAUAUGGCCAAACGCAGGCGUUUGGAUAACGAUAACUAUCAACCGCCUCAUGUACGCCGCCGUCUAAAGGUACAAGACAUUGUACAAAAAUAUAAAAUGGAUUUAACAGAACCUGAACUUUUAGCUCACCUAUUUAAGAGUUCAAUUUAGUUUUAAGUAUUUUAUAUUAACAGUAUUAAUA